GACCCCGCCCUCCGCGCGCAAGGAGCCGUCCUCGGCAGCCAGAGCCCGGCCGGUGCUGCAGCGCCGCCGAGAGCGGCCUCGGAAGCGGCAGCCGCGGGAGCGACCCGGGAGGUGCUUCCCUGGCAGGGCCGAGGCAGGAGAGGGCGAGACCCCGAGCAAACUUUACAGCGGCUUCGGCCGGGGGCGGGGGCGGCUGCGGCUGCGGCAGCGGGCUCCGUCCGCUAGCAGAUCCCGGGCCCGGGAGCUGGUGCGUCCGGCCGGGAAGGUCUGGAGCCCCAGGUGAGAGCGGAGCUAUCAUCCCCUGCCCCCCUCCCCCACUCUUCGCAGAAAGGAUCUGCUACGAGACUGAAUGUGUUCACUGCUUCGAGGACCAGGGACCACGGUGGGAUUUGCUGUGCUGCCAUCUGCAAACAGUAGGUUGGGUGCUUCCUGGUGCUAGAUCGUGGGAUAGUAACAUCUUUGGGGGAAAGAAAAUUGGCUUCCUUUCCUGAAAACGGUGAAUGUACAGCAGAUGGUUGCCCAGGAGGAACAGUAGUCCGAUGGAGACCCUCUAGGUUUUGUACUAGGAAACAGAAUCAGUUGUAAGAGUCCAUGUUGAUCUUGGCAAUAGAAGGAUUAAAAAAAGUUGAGUUUCCACAAAGAACAAGAACUUUACCAUCUCCUUUUUGAUCUGAAGACCAGAGGACAAUGGAUAUCAUAGAGACAGCAAAACUUGAAGAACAUAUGGAAAACCAAACCAACGAUCCUGCAAACACUUACGCAAGACCUGCUGAACCUGUUGAGGAAGAGAACAAAAAUGGCAAUGGUAAACCUAAGAGUUUAUCCAAUGGGUUGCGAAAGGGCACCAAAAAGUACCCGGACUAUAUCCAAAUUGCUAUGCCCACGGAAUCGAGGAACAAAUUUCCCCUAGAGUGGUGGAAAACGGGCAUUGCCUUCGUGUAUGCUCUUUUCAACCUCGUCCUGACAACCGUCAUGAUCACAGUUGUGCACGAGAGGGUCCCUCCCAAGGAGCUCAGCCCUCCACUCCCAGACAAGUUUUUUGAUUACAUAGACCGGGUGAAAUGGGCAUUUUCUGUAUCAGAAAUAAAUGGAAUUAUAUUAGUUGGAUUAUGGAUCACCCAGUGGCUAUUUCUGAGAUACAAGUCAAUAGUGGGGCGCAGAUUCUUUUUUAUCAUUGGAACUUUGUACCUAUAUCGCUGUAUCACGAUGUACGUUACUACUCUCCCUGUGCCUGGAAUGCAUUUCCAGUGUGCUCCAAAGCUCAACGGAGACUCUCAGGCAAAAGUACAGCGGAUUCUACGGUUGAUUUCUGGUGGCGGGUUGUCCAUAACUGGGUCGCAUAUCUUGUGUGGAGACUUCCUCUUCAGCGGUCACACAGUUGUGCUGACACUUACUUAUCUGUUCAUCAAAGAAUAUUCGCCUCGUCACUUCUGGUGGUAUCAUCUAAUCUGCUGGCUGCUGAGCGCUGCUGGGAUCAUCUGUAUUCUUGUAGCACACGAACACUAUACUGUCGAUGUGAUCGUUGCUUAUUAUAUCACAACACGGCUCUUUUGGUGGUACCAUUCCAUGGCCAAUGAAAAGAACUUGAAGGUCUCUUCACAGACUAAUUUCUUGUCUCGAGCAUGGUGGUUCCCCAUCUUUUAUUUUUUUGAGAAAAACGUACAAGGCUCAAUUCCUUGCUGCUUCUCCUGGCCACUGUCCUGGCCUCCUGGCUGCUUCAAGUCGUCUUGCAAGAAGUAUUCACGGGUUCAGAAGAUCGGUGAAGAUAAUGAAAAAUCUACCUGAGGAGCAAAAACAAAGGCAUCAGCUCUUAGACCAAAAGAGUUAUCGCUGUAACCAAAGGUAUAGUUUUGUUUUUGUUUUUAUUUUAGGAGAACUGAUUGCUAAAUGAAGCAGACCAAAUUUUGUGCAAAUGAUUAGAAAGAUGAACGAAGUAUUACCCUUUGACUGGUUUUUUAUUCAUCCUGAGAAAGUUAUAUUCUCCUGCAGCUCUUCAUUCAUUGGUCACAAGCCCUCAAACUGGGAUUUUACUAAUGAGCUUGUUAAGGAGGUGCCAGAGAACAUACUACUCCUUCCCUCAUUCUUUUUCUCCACUAAAGCUCUCUACUUCAGAAUUUUUUCAGGAAUAUUUUUCCCUCCAAGGUCAAAAGAAUUUGUUAAUGUUUUAAAUAAAAAUCUGAUAUAUACGGCACUGUGUAAAUAGAAUCACCUAAUGUUGAGAGUGAUUUUUAGCAUUAGGCUUAUCAGCGAAGGGGAGAUCCAUGGGUUGCGAGUGAACUUCAGGUGAACUUUGUUUCUGCUCUGUCAAGGGGAAGGUCAGGGUCAGGUCUGGGAAUAUGCGCUGCUGCUACCACCCAAUGUACUAUAUCACUUUCACUUUAUUUUUUUUUUUUAACUGAUAAUUUUAUAACUUAAAAAAGAAAGAUGAACUAAGAAAAUAUCAAAGUAUUUGACACACCCCACAGAUUUUACAUGUGUGUAAAUAUUUCAUUUUAAGAUCUCUAUGACAGAUACACAGGAGACAUGGGGCUGUUUAUGCUAACGAGGAGUCCUGCUGUCCACCUGGUAACUCUGCACCUGUACCCCCAGAGCAGUCAGCAGUGUAGCACAGGCUGAACACACAUAGCUGUAUGAACUGCUGCUCAUGUCCUUGUGGGGAACAAGCCUGUGUUUCUCUCCCAGGUCACGCCCUGUGUGAGAUCCGUUUUAGAGCUGCAGAUUGGAACUCAGAAAUACAGUUGCUCACAUUUCACUGAAAUCCAUUUCUUCCUAGUGACAUUGUGCUUUAUGGAAAAACCAAGAUGGAAUCCAAAAGUUUAAUGCAUCCUUGCCUUUUAGCAAGAGACUCCGUUUCUUAUGUACUGGUCCUAAGGACACAUACCACAAUUGAGUAAUUUUACUUUGACCCUAAAAUUAUACCACGGUGCUGCACUAUAAUCUAUGGUUGGAAUUGGUGUGUUAGUGGGUUACAGCUACUCAAUAAAGGGGGAUAAUAGUUUCUAAAGUUCUUUCAGGUGAUGCAAAAAAAAAAGAAAAGAUGGAUUUUUAAAAAUCUGACCAGAUGUAGUGCAUUAUUUAAUGCUGUUGAAUCUUUUGGAUAAUUCUUGGCUUAAUUUCUUUAGACUUCUAGUAACCGUAGGAAAAAAUUUAAGGUCACAAAGUCAUCAACACUAGUCAGAGAGUGGAGAGGCCAGGGGGGCUGGUAGGAGGCAGUUACAUUUAUACUGAAGGUGGAAAUUUCUCCCCACUUAGAAUGAAAAACAUCCCUAAAUUUGUCAUUGUAAACAAGUCGGCCUUGAUUCGGUACACAAAAUUGACCUUUAGAUUGUUGGAGAGAAGCACAAUACAGAUCUGUUCAGAAGGGUCAUCAUCCUUUGGUGCUAAAACUCUGUAUAUGUUUUCAGUAUGGCUCUUUCUCUGUGUGAAAAAGAAACACUAAAAGUUGAAUUCAAAGACAGAAAGACAGACUAAUCUGGUUAUUUACAACAAGAAUUGAAACCCUAAACAUCCUUGGCAGGCUUUGGAAUGCAAGAAGUUUUUCUGGUAUUUAUUAUUAAGUAAGUCAGUAAGAAACAUAUGUGUAGCUUACCUGCUGUGUUUAGCUAUAUUUCUACAUAAUUUUCACUUAUUUUCAUUUGUUAAAUAUUGACAUCUGCGAUAAGACAAUGUGUUCUACUUGAAAACACUGAUUUUAAAUUUCUGCUGUCUAAUUGUGACGAAAAGUAUCUGAUAUGGAAGCCUGGGUUUUGCUCUCCUAACAUUGGUAUAUUCCUUGAGCCUCGAAUUCAAAUAAAACAACCUGCUAUACCUUAGAGCCUUAUUCAGCUGCAUCUUAGAUAACCCACUCUUCUUCAAAUUAAGUAAGGAAAGGUGUUUAAGCUUUAAAAAUCAUGGAGACCCUUGAAAACAGUAUAAACCUUGCAUUUUAGUCAAAUAAUCCUGUUUUGGUUUUUUUUUCACGUAAUACCAUCACCUUUUAAAGAACUUUAAAAACAUCUAUGACCCCAUUUGUGGACACUACUGCUCCCGUGUUCUUUACAUGUAUAUGUCAUAGCUCUCUAAUAAAUGCUGUGAAAGCAUGUGCUAUGAAAAUAAGGGGGGUGGGGAAUAUCAAAGUUUCUAGAUGGGAAAAUAAGAGAAAUAACAAAACCCAUUUAGGAAAGCAAACUUCAGUUUCAACCCAACAUGCCACUUUGGGAUAUAAAGCAUAAACAAUUACUAGACUUACUGUGGUGAUCAUUUCACAAUAUAUACAAGUAAAUCAUUAUGUUGUAUACCUAAAAUUAAUAUAAUGUUAUAUGUCGAUUAUACCUUGAUUAAAAAAUCAUAAUUAUGAGCUUGCCUUUUGAAACAAUAAAUUUUUGGAACUCCU